CUGAAAAAACUGAAAUAAGAAUUUCACACACAUCCCACAGACAAUAUAAGAGUACACUUUUGGGCUAGCCAUCAAUGUAAACUGUUAUUGCUCUAAUUUUAGAACACAAAAGGGUAUCCAAAUGAAACUGGCUUCUAUAUCAACACGUGUGAAAAUACUGAAAUGCCAUAUUUGCAAGCAACAAAAGGCUACAUCAUCACAUACGGCUACCUAUAAAAGAUCAUUCAAACAUGAACAGCCAUCAGUGAUCAUUGCACCUUCCGUGUGUUCAGACAGACAAUAAAUCAUGGCGUCCAAUUGGUCCUUCAUUCUUGGUGUUUUCGCCACUAUUGCCCUCCUUCUUGGGCUUGGAAGUGCCAGUUAUGGAGGAGGCCACGGAGGCCAUGGAGGCCAUGGAGGAGGUGGAGGGCAUUACUCCUUUGGUUACAAGGUUCAUGAUGGAUACAACAACUUUGGCCAUUCGGAAAGCCGAAAUGGAGGCUCAACUAAAGGCCAAUAUCAUGUCAAACUACCCGAUGGCAAACUCCAAACCGUAAAUUACCAUGUCAAUGGAUAUUCCGGAUAUGUGGCCAAAGUGAACAAUGGGUACCGGCGUUAGAAGGAAACAAGUUUUUGCUUGUCAAAUAUCAAUAAAUAAUAUAUAUUGAGUGAAGGAUUCUGCGCGUUUCCUGAAUGUACCUAAAAGUGGGCUUUUUGUUAUUGUCCGAGUUGAAAAUAUUAUUCCAU